CUCAACAUCGUGUUCAAGGCAUCCAUCCGGUCGACCCACUUUGUCUCCACGCAAUCGAAUCUGGAACCCCAUCGCCUCCAUAACCUGGGACUAAGCCAACAACAUUGGGGAAAACUCCUGUGGGGGAAGUAGUCCCUGGCGUUCUUCCCCAGACAAUAUUCCUCCAACUGGAAAGCGCCGGUCAUCACGCUGUGGCACCAUAACGGAGUGAUACUGAAACAUGAGAAGCCUUAAAAGAUGGCAUCUCCCCAGAUCGAGGUGCCUUAUCACGUUCAAGGUCCUGAAGGCCCGGUUUAUAACAAAAUCAGCAGCAAGUCGCUUAGAAAGCACACCUAAUCAUGGCACUACCCCCAAAGUGGUACCAGUUUAUGGUAUGUGUGUUUGCCUCUUUAGGCUCCGUACUUUACGGUUACGAUCUAGGUGUUAUUGCCGAGGCUAUUGCUAGUCCCUCGCUGGUCAACGCUUUCAAUGUCGAUGCUACGAAAAGUGGAGCUGUCACGUCCGUGUUUACGGGAGGCGCCUUUUUCGGCGCCAUUUUCGCGGGUCCACUAGGUGACUAUGCAGGCCGAAAGAUCACUAUUCUCGUCGGGGCUGUUAUUUUCCUGCUGGGAGGAGGCCUUCAAACCGGUGCACAGAGCAUUGAAUUCCUGUAUGCUGGGCGGUCUAUUGCUGGAUUAGGAGUCGGCAUCCUGGUUAUGAUCAUCCCGCUCUACCAAGCAGAGUUGGCUCACCCGGAUAUUCGUGGUCGUAUUACCUCGCUACAGCAGUUGAUGCUAGGAGUUGGAUCUCUAGUGGCUGCGUGGAUCUCCUGGGGCACCUUCAUCAACUUCGCCGAUGACGAUUCACGCCAAUGGCGUGUCUCCCUUGGUAUUCAGAUGGUACCUGCCGUCUUCCUCGCCGCUCUCAUCUUGCUGUUCCCCGAAUCGCCUCGUUGGUUGAUUGACCAUGGCCGGCUCGACGAGGGACUGCAAACUCUAGCUCGCCUGCACUCGGGCGGAGAUGUCAAUGAUCCCUGGGUGCGGACCGAGUUCGAUCAGAUCCAAAAUUCUAUUGCGAACGAGCACGAGGUGGAGGCCAAGUCGUAUACUGAGCUUUUCACCGACCCGUCGUGCUUCCGUCGCCUCUUCCUGGCUUGCUCGAUCCAAGCCGCUUGCCAAAUGACCGGUGUUAGUGCUAUACAGUACUUUAGCACAACCAUUUUCAAGCAAAUCGGUAUUGCUACCAAUGAUACUCUCAAGUAUCAGGGAAUCAGUUCUAUCCUCGCUAUCAUCGCCCAGUUUUGCUGCUUGCUGUUCAUUGACAAGACUGGUCGUCGUUGGCCACAGAUCAUUGGCAAUCUGGUCAACUGCGUGUUCUUCAUCAUUCCCACAAUUCUGAUUGCCAAGUUUCCCCCUGGGACCACCCACAACAACGCCGCCAGUUGGGCAUUCAUCAUCAUGACCUGGUGCUACAACUUCUCCUUCAGCUCAACCAUUGGCCCACUCACCUGGGUUAUCUGUUCCGAGAUUUUCGACACUAAGACACGCUCCAAGGGUGUCUCUAUCGCUACAAUGGUUUCGUUCGCAUUCAACACACUGAUCGGUCAAGUGACCAACGUCGCUAUCGAACGAAUUGGUGGCUGGCGUUUCUACAUUGUCUUUUGCAUCUGCAAUUUCACGAACGCGAUUUUCUUCUGGCUUAUUCUGCCUGAGACUGCCAAGCUUCCGUUGGAGGACAUGAACGCUUUGUUCAAGACGGAGCCGUGGAUUGUACCCGGAACUCAGAGUCGGAAGUUCACGGAGCGAAAGCGUGUGGGCAACAGUCUGCAGAUUGCGGCCAGAACUAAGCAGGAGAAUUUUGGUCUGGUGCAUGAGGAGGAAGCUGGCGGUGUUUAGCUUCGUUCUGGUCAAGCUCAAUUGACUGUCACUCAUUCUUGUCACUAGAGGACCGGGAGGUAGAACGGCGAAGCUUGAUCUUAGACUGAUA